GGGGGUGCGCCGGCCGGAGAGGUCGGGACGCUGCACCCCGCUUCCCAGCACCGGCGAUCGCGGCGCGCCAGGGCAGCAGAGGGAGGAGGCGCCCUUGGACCCGCCCCGGCCCGCUCCACGUUCUCCCCAGGAAGCUGGACUCUAUGGGGCGGGACCCCGAGAGAGACUGAGCAGAGCCUGGAGCCAGCCCCGCACCCCUGCACUUCCAACCAGGGGCGCCCCGGGAGCACUCCCCGUGGGCGCGCCGCCCGCCCUCCGCGCAGCCAUGAGCGAGACGGUUGUCUGUUCCAGCCGGGCCACUGUGAUGCUUUACGAUGACAGCAAUAAGCGAUGGCUACCUGCUGGCACCGGUCCUCAGGCCUUCAGCCGCGUCCAGAUCUACCACAACCCCACGGCCAACUCCUUCCGAGUUGUUGGCCGCAAGAUGCUGCCGGACCAGCAGGUGGUUAUCAACUGCGCCAUCAUCCGAGGUGUCAAGUACAAUCAGGCCACUCCCAUCUUCCAUCAGUGGCGAGAUGCCCGCCAGGUGUGGGGCCUCAACUUCGGCAGCAAGGAGGAAGCAUCCCAGUUUGCGGCCGGCAUGGCCAGUGCCCUGGAGGCCUUGGAAGGAGGUGGGCCUCCCCUGGCUGCGGCGACACCCUCUACCUGGUCUGCACAGAACGGCCCCUCCCCAGACGAGCAGGAACAGAAGAGGCCGCCUGAGCACAUGGAGCGCCGCGUCUCCAACGCAGGCCCGCCCGCUCCCCUAGCUGGGGGUCCGCCUCCACCUCCAGGACCUCCCCCUCCUCCGGGCCCCCCUCCGCCCCCUUCAGGGGUAUCUGCUGCAGGUCAUGGAGCAGGGGGAGCCCCACCCCCUGCACCCCCACUGCCCACAGCUCAGGGUCCCAGUGGUGGGGGUCCCGGGGCCCCAGGCCUGGCUGCUGCCAUUGCUGGAGCCAAACUCAGGAAAGUGAGCAAGCAGGAGGAGGCCUCUGGGGGGCCCUUGGCCCCCAAAGCUGAGGUUGGUCGAAGUACCGGAGGGGGGCUUAUGGAAGAGAUGAACGCCAUGCUGGCCCGGAGAAGGAAAGCCACACUGGUUGGGGAGAAGCCCCCCAAAGACGAGUCGGCCAGUCAGGAGGAGCCAGAGGCCCGGGUCCCCGCCCAGAGUGAACCUGUACGGAGACCGUGGGAAAAGAACAGCACAACCUUGCCAAGGAUGAAGUCCUCCACUUCUGUGACAACCUCCGAGGCCCACCCCUCUCCCCACAGCUCCAGUGAUGACUCCGACUGGGAGAGGGUGAAGCAGGAGCUUCUGGAAGAGGUGCGGAAGGAGCUGCAGAAAAUGAAAGACGAAAUAAUUGAAGCCUUUGUUCAGGAGCUGAGGAAGAGGGGCUCUCCUUGACCACAGAGACCCACAAGACCCCUUCCUCCUCUACUUCCCGCCUGGCGCCUGCUUUCCCUGACUCAACUUGACCAAGCAUACGCCAGAAGGCAUACUCCCCACUGUCUCCCACCUGGAAGGUUCCAGAGGGUGUGGCUUCCUGGUGCCAUGACCACACUCCACUGGCCGCUGAUUGGCUGAUUGGCUGAGGUCCCACCCCUUUGCUCCCUUUGACCCUUCCCCUCUGCCUCCCCUUGGGGCUGGUUCCUCUGCUGGGGAUGUACCCAGUAACCCAGAGUUAGGGAAGGAAGGAGGGAAGCGCACCUUCCCUUGUUCUGGAUUCACUUUAACGCUUUAAUGCCUUGGAUUUUUUUUUUUUUAAGAAAAAGUAUAUAUAUAUAUAUAUAUAUAUAUUUGGGUUGUGGGGGGAAGGGAAUUUUGUUUUCUCUUUGGUUUUGAUAAAAUGGGGUGUGGGAGUUUUUAAAUGCUAUAACCCAGGCUUGUCCCAUUGGAGGCAGCGAUAUGAUAUAAGCAGGAGAUGUCCCAGCAGGCGGGAGGGUUUCCACCACUCCAGGGGCUCCUCCCCCUUUUCCUUGGCUCCCCCCUCUUUUCUAUGAGGAAUUAAGAUUCUCUAACUUUUUUGGAACCUCAGUUUUGUGGUUUUGUUUUUUGUUUUGUUUUUAAUUUGGGUUAGGAUUUCAGGGUCCAGACCAUUUUUGCCCUCUGGGAAGAUGAAGUGAGGGGAAGAAGAGGAAACAUAGGUCCUCCGACUUCCACACCUUAGCUUCUUGGACACGGGCCUUCGCUGAAUAAAAUCUGCGGUUUUUAUAAAUGAA